GGGGGCGGGGCCUGGGUGUGGAUAAGGGAGAGAGGGAAGCAGAGAGAGAGUUCUCCGUACUGUCAACAGCUACAACACAUAUUUAUCUACACAGCUAGACAGAAAGCAGAGGACAAUGAGCGUAAAUGGAAAAGAACCUCCACCCUACAACACACCAGUUGAAGGACAAGGUGACAGUGGGGUGAAGGUAUAUCAUGUCCAUACCCCCUUCAACCCUCCUUCCUCCACCAUCCCCUCCAGUAACUACUCUGUGUUUCAGUCUCAGUCUCAGGGAAAGCCAGUGUACACCAGUGGAGGUGGUGGUAUUGGAGGAGGUGGUGAAACUCCCACUCAGAAGUUUGUGAGUUAUGACACAGAACUGGGCCGUUCAGAGGGCAUGACCACCUGUACUUCCUGUCAACAACAGGUGAUGACGAACGUGACCUAUAAAGUCGGAGCCUACGCCUGGCUCAUGUGCAUCCUCUUCAUCCUCUGUGGGUUGGUAGUGGGCUGUUGUCUGAUCCCGUUCUUCAUGAAACACUUUAAGGAUGCGUACCACUCCUGUCCUCGUUGCAACCGCAUUAUCCACGUGGACAAGCCACGCUGCUGCUGACCACCCUACCACCACCCACCACUAGGAGAGCUGCUGCUGACUGCCAUACCACCACCCACCACUAGGAGAGCUGCUGACUGCCAUACCACCACCCACCACUAGGAGAGCUGCUGCUGACUGUCAUACCACCACCCACCACUAGGAGAGCUGCUGCUGACUGCCAUACCACCACCCACCACUAGGAGAGCUGCUGACUGCCCUACCACCACCCACCACUGAGCUGCUGCUGACUGCCAUACCACCACCCACCACUAGGAGAGCUGCUGCUGACUGCCCUACCACCACCCACCACUAGGGGAGCUGCUGCUGACUGCCCUACCACCACCCACCACUAGGGGAGCUGCUGCUGACUGCCAUACCACCACCCACCACUAGGGGAGCUGUUGCUGACUGCCAUACCAUCACCCACCACUAGGGGGAGCUGGUGCUGUGGCCAAUAUGCUUUACUACCAGCAGGGGAGCUGUGGCUCUGCUCUCAGUCUGACCACUGGCCACUCUCUCGGUCUGGAUUCCAUUAGAAGUGCACCAGUACAGUGAAAUACCUUUCUCACAGAAAACAUGCUCCCUUUCCCUCAUGCACCCACAGCUCGGUGUAGGAAUUUGAGAGUGGUUAUAUUUAUCCAGCCCCAUCCCUCAGCUGUUUACCAAUGCAGUGGCGGGGUCAGGGUGACCGUUUUUUGUAGUUCUUUGAAUUGCAGAUUGUCCUUUAAAAGGGAGAGGAAAAGGGGGGGAUGUUUUCCGAAUGGAAUCCAGCCGAAGGGAGAGACCUCCUAGCAGCAGCCCCACAGAAACCUACAGGAUUUACACAGUCGGAGGAUGAAUCCCAAAAUGGCACCCUACUCCCUAUAUAGUGCACUACGUUCGCGAGGGAGCUAGUACAAAAGUAGUCCACUAUAUAGGGAAUAGGGUACGAUUUGGGACGCACAUUGGUUUAAAUGCUGACCUAACUUACUGUACCAGAGGGUUGUAAAUAGUAUGAAUCUGUGACCUAUUUUUGUAAAAUAAAAAUAAAAACAAGCUAGCAGAUGAAGACGUGGUAGAGCUCAACCUGGGCCUUGUUCACAAAGGGAGCAGGGUUGCACAGUUCUAGUAACUUACCCAUGUUUCCCACAAACCCCAGGUUGGAAUAUCAGAAGGGAAGAGGGUAGCCUGGGUACCAGUCUGUUAAGAUAUCAUUCCACUCUUUGUCUUGGCAAACAUGGCUUGACAAAGAGUGGAAUGUUAACACACAAACAGACUGGAUUUCUCCAGGCUAGGAAGAGGCAGAACAUACGGGAAUACGCCAACCGGGAUGUCUGAUUGGUUCCCGGACUAUUGCAACCCGUUGAGUAACCUUAUACAGAACCUUCAGAUAGAAAUGUGUUGUGUAGAACAGACAUGAUUCCCUGGUAAAUGUGUAUCUAUAUUCCCUUGAGUAACAUUAUACAGAACCUUCAGAUAGAAAUGUGUUGUGUAGAACAGACAUGAUUCCCUGGUAAAUGUAUAUCUAUAUUCCCUUGAGUAACCUUAUAAAGAACCUUCAGAUAGAAAUGUGUUGUGUAGAACAGACAUGAUUCCCUGGUAAAUGUAUAUCUAUAUUCCCUUGAGUAACCUUAUACAGAACCUUCAGAUAGAAAUGUGUGUAUCUGUCGGUUGGUCAACCCAGGGCCUUAAUCAAGGGAAUAUAGAUAGUAAUGUAUACAUUUACCAGGGAAUCAUGUCUGUUCUACACAACACAUUUCUAUCUAUAUUCCCUUGAAUAAGGCCCUUGGUUGACCAACCGACAGACAACGAGCCCAAUAUUCAGAUAAUUAUCAUUAUAGCUAUGAUUCCUACAAUCGGGCAUCCUUUAGUGCUCUCCCCAGGUCUCCCCCCCUUUCAGAAAGCUGUUCUGUACAUAAAGGACUGAACUGGGUGUUUUACAUUAUUUUAGAAUAAACCAAAUAUGAUUUUAUUGAGAAAACUCAUCAUUCUAACUGUCAACUACAAUGACGUGUAACAACACCACACAGCUGACCUGAUGUUGUGUUAUAUUGUGUAACACCACCACACAGCUGACCUGAUCUGUUAUAUUGUGUACCACCACAUAGCUGACCUGAUCUGUUAUAUUGUGUAACACCACCACACAGCUGACCUGAUCUGUUAUAUUGUGUACCACCACAUAGCUGACCUGAUCUGUUAUAUUGUGUAACACCACCACAUAGCUGACCUGAUCUGUUAUAUUGU